UUCCCUACACUACACUCUCCCGAUGAAGCACGCAAUGCAUCCGCUAACAAACCUACCAACAAACACCGCGAGCUAUGGGCUAUGGCGUUCGUGGAGACGAAUCCCGUGGAGAAAACCAUGAAGGCCAACGAGAUAAUGGCACGCUUCCGCCGCAUCGCGCCCAAACCCGUGCUCGCAUCACCACCCACCGCCGCCGUCGACCAGUCUCAGCAGAGAAGGUCGGGCAAGCGUGGGGCCCGGGACCUCGUUCCAGCGCCGGCCGACAAGAGGCUCAGGGGGGCGCCGUGUUAUCCUUUCCCCCCAUACCGCGCCUUGCCGUGGACUUCGCCGCUGGAGGCGACACCGGUGGCGUCCUCCCGAUGCUUAUUCCCCGGUGAUCGCGACGGCGACCUGCUCCGGAAGCCACAGGCGCCCAAGGUCAUCGUGCCCCGCCCGGCGCGGCCAGUUCGCACCACCAUCUGCGUCGACGCCAGCAGCGUCACGGGCGCCAACUCGGUGAAGCUGCCCGCGUGCAGGAUGACGGCGGAGCAGCUGGAAGCCGAGAUAGAGCGCGACGCUCUCCCGGCGGUCAUCUCGGGCCCUGGCGACCGUGUCAUCCGGGCCAACGACGCGUACAAGGCGCUGGUGGGACAGCCGGUCUGCCCGUGGCUAGACUCCGUGCCAGAUGACUCGUGCGCUGGCGCGUCUAGGCGGAUCAACGGCGAGGUGGUGCUGGACGUGCGGUGGUUCACCUCGACCGAGACGAUUAGGUCGAGCGCCGGAGGGACAUUCUCGUGCAGCUCCAGGAUCUCGUGGGAGCGCAAUGGCACACUGACCUCCGUCGCCAUGCCAUGCGACGUCAUGCGUUUUGACUGCGGCUCCGGUGACCACCGCUUCGUCUGGAGAUUUGACACCUAUCGAAUAUCGAAGGGAACGGUAAAAACUGAAAAUUGAAGUGCUCAUUUACAUGCAUACAGUCUCCAUCACAUGCCCUAAUUUUCAUGCUCAUGCAAACGAGUUGAUUAAAUACUCCUACUUGUUUUGUACACUCAAAAAAAAAACAUGUUUCAUUAGAGAAUUGUAUCUGUGCCGGGGGUCGUUAAUAUUCUGGAUGUUGUACACCGCUGAGCAUUAAGGGUUUGUUUUGUUGUUUGCACUG